AUGGGCACCCUACGGGACCUGCAGUACGCCCUGCAGGAGAAGAUCGAGGAGCUGCGGCAGCGCGACACCCUGAUCGAUGAGCUGGAGCUGGAACUGGACCAGAAGGACGAGCUGAUCCAGCGGCUGCAGAACGAACUGGACAAGUACCGGUCGGUGCUCCGGCCCGCCACCGCUCAGCAGGUCCAGGCCCAGCAGCAGAACCUGGUCCUGCAGCCGGACCAGCACCGCAGCAAACGGCAGGCCAUCUCUGCCGAGCCCACGGCCUGCGACAUCACCGACCUCAGCCACGUCACCCUGCCCUUCUACCCCAAGAGCCCACAGUCCAAGGAGAUGAUAAAGGACGCCAUCUUGGACAACGACUUCAUGAAGAACCUGGAGCUGUCUCAGAUCCAGGAGAUCGUGGACUGCAUGUACCCUGUGGAUUACGGGAAGGACGCCUGCAUCAUCAAGGAGGGCGACGUGGGCUCGCUGGUCUACGUGAUGGAAGAGGGUAAGGUGGAGGUGACCAAAGAGGGGAUGAAGUUGUGUACGAUGGGACCGGGCAAAGUGUUCGGAGAGCUUGCCAUCCUCUACAACUGCACCCGGACGGCUACUGUCAAAACUCUGGUCCAAGUGAAGUUGUGGGCGAUCGACCGUCAGUGUUUCCAGACCAUCAUGAUGAGAACUGGACUCAUCAAGCACGCCGAGUACAUGGACUUCCUCAAGAGCGUUCCAACCUUCCAGGGUCUUGCAGAGGAGACUCUCAGUAAACUGGCUGACGUCAUGGAGGAGACUCAUUAUGAAGACGGGGAGUUCAUCAUCAGACAGGGAGCCAGAGGAGACACCUUCUUCAUCAUCAGCAAGGGAAAGGUGAAUGUGACCCAGGAGGAAUCAGCCAAUCAGGAGCCAACACACCUCAGAGAGCUCACCAGGGGAGACUGGUUUGGAGAGAAGGCCCUUCAGGGUGAAGAUGUGAGAACAGCAAACGUCAUCGCUGCUGAGGCCGUCACCUGCCUGGUCAUUGACCGAGACUCGUUCAAGCAUCUGAUUGGUGGACUGGACGACGUUUCAAAUAAAGGAUACGAAGACGCUGAAGCUAAAGCCAAGUACGAGGCAGAGAACGCCUUCUUCUCCAGUCUGAAGCUGAAGGACUUCAACAUCAUUGACACGCUGGGAGUCGGAGGCUUUGGACGCGUCGAGCUGGUUCAGCUGAAGAACGAUGAGGCGAAGACGUUUGCCAUGAAGAUCCUGAAGAAGCGUCACAUCGUCGACACGAGACAACAGGAACACAUCCGCUCAGAGAAACACAUCAUGACGGAGGCUCACUCCGACUUCGUCGUCAGGUUGUACCGGACGUUUAAAGACAGUAAAUAUCUGUACAUGCUGAUGGAGGCCUGUUUGGGAGGAGAGCUGUGGACGAUACUGAGAGACAGGGGUUCGUUUGAAGAUUCGACCACCAGGUUCUACACGGCCUGUGUGGUCGAAGCCUUCGCCUACCUGCAUGCCAAAGGCAUCAUAUACAGAGACCUGAAACCUGAAAACCUCAUCCUGGACAGCCGGGGAUACGCCAAGCUGGUGGACUUUGGUUUUGCCAAGAAGAUCGGGUUCUGUAAGAAGACGUGGACGUUCUGCGGGACGCCAGAGUACGUGGCUCCAGAGAUCAUCCUCAACAAAGGUCAUGAUGUCUCAGCAGACUACUGGUCUCUGGGUAUCCUGAUGUACGAGCUGCUGACCGGCAGUCCCCCGUUUUCAGGUCCAGAUCCAAUGAAAACCUACAACGUCAUCCUGAGAGGCAUCGACAUGAUCGAGUUCCCCAAGAAGACCACCAAGAAUGCCGCCAACCUCAUCAAGAAGCUCUGCAGAGAUAAUCCCUCAGAGAGACUUGGAAACCUGAAGAAUGGAGUCAAAGACAUCCAGAAGCACAAGUGGUUUGAAGGUUUUAACUGGGAGGGUCUGAGGAAAGGAACUCUGACUCCGCCCAUCACACCUGACGUUUCCUCUCCGACCGACACCGGUAACUUCGACAAUUUCCCCGAAGACACAGAGGAGCCGCCACCGGACGACAACUCCGGAUGGGAUUACGACUUUUAGUCCAGCUUGAUACCCA